AAGGUGAAUGAAUCGGUUCAGUUCCGUUGGGCGUGUGAAGUAAAAGUGAACUUAAAAUUUAGAAAGAGGGAUAAAUGUGACAAUAUGCAACAGGCAAGUGCUUAAAAGUUGAUAAAACUGGAAGAUUACUGAAAGUAAAUAUUGUUAUCAGGAGAUUUUAGGGGGGAAAGUAAAAAAAAAAAAAAAUGCCGCGAGUGUUUUUGGUUAAAAAGACGAGCAGCACUUCCGGGAAAAGAAACUGGAAUGAAGUACCUGACUGUGCGCGAGGAGACAUCUACACACCAGUGUGUGUGUUCACUCCUUGUGGCCAUGAAGAGUGUGAGCACAGCCCUGCUGAGCUGCCUGUCUGUCCCUCAACCACACAGAACAAGACCCCACACACGCAAUCUCAAUCUCACAGCUUGACUGCCCAGCUGUCCUCCUCUGCCGUGCAAGAGCCGAGCUCACACAAGCCUUCUUUCAUCUGCUCCAAAAAUAAGAUGGCCAAGAUGGGAAAUGAGGCAUUGGAUGUCUCUCAAACCACACCAGAUUCCCCUUUUUCCUGCCCAAUAUGCCAUAAGACUUUCAGUCUUGCCCGAGUGAUGAAACGCCAUUUAAGGACUCAUAGCGACUUUAAGAGGCACUCGUGUGAAUACUGUGGGAAAGGCUUCAAUGACACUUUUGACCUCAAGAGGCACGUGCGCACCCAUACAGGUGUACGGCCCUUUAAGUGCACUGUGUGUGAGAAGGCCUUCACUCAGCGAUGCUCCCUGGAGGCUCACCUUAAAAAGGUUCAUGGUGUCUUCCAACAGUACGCCUAUAAGGAACGCAGAGACAAGCUGUAUGUGUGUGAAGAGUGUGGCCUGACUUCUCAGACACAAGACAACCUGUACAGUCACAUCCAGGUCAAACAUCCCAACAGCAGGAUUGCCAAAGCCAAAUCCAAAAGCAGGAGAAGGAAGGCACAAAACCGGGGAGGAAGCAUGUCUCCCUGUUCUCCUCACUCGCUGAGUGAUGCUGAUGCUGGUGUUUGACUAAUGCUGAAAUGAUAGAUGACCUGGAAAAUUAUCCAUUUCUGAUGAUUCAGAUCAGGAUGAAGUGGUCAGUUAGUAUCGUUUAGAUCAGAUGAUUGAGAGUUCAGAUCCCAGCUCCACCAGGCGCAUUCCUGACACCAUGAGCCUUUAACCAACACUUGCACCAAGAAGUUGUACCCUGUGCUCUGACACCCUUCUGACUUCCUUCCUGUUUGGGAUGUGUGAAGAAAUGUCCUACAAUGUGUGUUUCAUAUGUAAUUACUAUAGACCAUUUAUUUCUUUUGAUUAAGAUGACAAUUAAAAUGCACAGGGUACAGAUGUACAACAACUACUCCCCCACCCUCUCCAUAUCCCAGCUUAUUAGGACUCUGGACUCAGAACGCAGGGUCAGCCAUGAUGGGCCCUUGGAACAGGUAGGUUCAAGGGCCUUCAAUAGUGGCAGUUUGGCAGUGCUGGGGCUUGAACCCCCAACCUUCUGAUCAGAAACCCAGAGCCUUAAAUGUUGAGCCACCACUGCUCAACAGCCUACUAGUUGUCAUAUUUAGUAUAAUAUAUUACACUUUCUUGAAUUUUAUUUAUGUGGUUAUUACAGAUAAAAUAAUUAUAGCCUUUAGGUCUUGAAUGAAUGUGGAGUAUUCUUUUUAUACUGUACUUGAAUGUUUGGGGAUGACUUUGAAUUG